UGAUCAUGACAGACCCUGGUAGUCUGGCAAUCAACUGGUAACCGUUAGUAGAGGGCCAAGCUUUAUAUUUAUUAUUAUUUUUUUCUAUUAAAGAAGGAAGUACAGCAGGCUGAGUGAGUGAUGAGGAGGCGCUAUCUUUUGCUGCUCCCUGCGCUCCUGCUGCUGCUGGCUCUGCCUGACACCAGGGGGCGCUACAACGACGACUUCGAUGACACCGAGGACCAAGCUGAGUUCGACGACAACGACUUUGCUGAGUUUGAGGACGUUGCCGAGGAGCUGGAGGUCGAGCCGGAGAACGAGUCUCCAACCAGACAGGCGCCUUCGUCCUUCGCUCAAGAGGACGACGACGAAGAUGAAGCCACGGUGGAGAACGAGGACGGACAAGACGAGUUUGAGGAUGGAGAUGGGCAGGAUCAGGAUACUUACGACAACGAGGAGUUUGAAGGCCACAUUACGACCAGCCCGUCCAACAAGGACACACUCAUCUACCAGAAGGUUCCAGCACAUCUGCAAAACAGCUGGGAGAGCUACUACAUGGAGAUCCUGAUGGUGACGGGACUCCUGGCUUACAUCAUGAAUUACAUUAUUGGCAAGAACAAGAACAACAGGCUGGCUCAGGCCUGGUUUAACUCGCACAGAGAGCUGCUGGAGAGCAACUUCGCCCUCGUCGGUGAUGACGGGACGAGUAAGGAGCCCACCAGCACGGGGAAGCUGAACCAGGAGAACGAGCAUAUCUACAACCUGUGGUGCUCAGGACGUGUCUGCUGUGAAGGCAUGCUCAUUCAGCUCAAGUUUCUUAAAAGACAGGAUCUGCUGAAUGUGCUGGCCAGGAUGAUGAGACCUGCUUGUGAUCAAGUGCAAAUCAAAGUAACUCUGAAUGACGAGGACAUGGACACGUUUGUGUUUGCGGUGGGAAACCGGAAGGCCAUGGGGCGCCUGCAGAAGGAGCUGCAGGACCUGAGCGAGUUCUGCGGGGACAAGCCCAAGUCAGGGGUGAAGUACAGCCUCCCUGACUCUCUGGCCAUCCUUUCAGAGAUGGGCGAGGUCACGGAUGGAGUGAUGGACAGCAAGAUGGUACAUUACAUCACCAACCAUGCCGACAAAAUAGAGUCCAUCCAUUUUUCGGACCAAUUUUCUGGUCCAAAAGUUAUGCAAGAGUCUGCACCACAUGGACUUACUGUGUCCAUCUGUCCCUCUGAGUUACAUGUCGGUCCUGGGAUCGAGAUGCUGGCCUCUUCUGCUCCUCGGACCUGCCUGAUCUAUCCUGGUGUCUGGUUGGAGUCUCGUCUCAUCGCAUCGCUCCUGUGGAGGGCGGCCCCAUGUGGACAGUUGGGGGUCAUGCCUGGAGGACGCUCUGGACUCUUGCAGUGGUGCUUUUGUGGCUGAGGACUGCAGUUGACUUGCUGACUUCGGGACUGCGGUUGUCGUGAACGGUUUUGCGCUCGGGUUUCCGUCGGUGAGGGGUUUAUAGCAUCAACGAAGCUGACUUUAUGUUAGGACUGUUAAUGUUAUAGUCAUGCUGUCUGUUGUUGCCCAAAUGAGGAUGGGUUCCCUUUUGAGUCUGGUUCCUCUCGAGGUUUCUUCCUCUUGUCGUCUGUUGCCACCGUCGCCACAGGCUUGCUCAUUGGGGAUAGAUUAGGGAUAAAAUUAGCUCAUGUUUUAAGUCGUUCAAAUUCUGUAAAGCUGCUUUGCGACAGUGUUUAUUGUUAAAAACGCUAUACAAAUAAACUUGACUUUACUAGCAAUGUAUUUACAAACUUUUCAUAACACUUUUCUCAGCAACUUCAAAUCACAACUGCUUGAUGUUUGGUACUGAGCUUCAGCUUGGGGUUCUAUACCGUUUUCAGGCCUGUCCCACAUCGACUUCCUGUUUACCGACUGAAUAGAUUUACGAAACAUUUAGCAUGGGUUUUGACGCUAUUUCAAGAAGCCAGAUGCUAUUUCAGAAUGGAUGCUAUUUGAAAUCCUCGGGGAGAACACGGCUCUUUACUUAGUCCAGAGAUGCCAAUCACUACGAUUCGUGCAUAGUCACUACGUUUUUGACAGUAGCACUACGAGGCUACGACCGUUUAUUCAGUUUCUAUGGGGUUCAUAUGAUUUUAGCAUGGUUGCGGUUCGAAACGCGUGAAUCUAUAAGGGUUCACGAUAUUUUGCUGGUGUUCGGUACAUUUGAGGCCAAUCAUCGCUUGAUAAUUCAAUAUUUUAACUGUAUUUAUGGUCAAAGUUUGCUUCGAUGGGCGCCGCCAUCUUUGUUGACAAGCGUUCUGUGCAUGCGCGAAUUAAUUAUCGAUGCCGCGAUGGAAUGUCGAGCAGCCCAUGUCACUAGGUAUUGAGGGGCUGUCGGGGUGCUGUAACCUCACAAACAUGCUACUAAAGAAAAACUGUUGGAACUGAAACAGUCGUCUUCUGAAGUAAAUCAAUCAGAACUGAAUCAGUAAUCUGACUUGAAAUUAAUGAGAUUAAAGUGAAAGGAAGUUGCUAAAAAUUAAAAGUAAUCAAAGUGACUUGACAGAUCAUGGGAAUAAAAAGGAAAUACCGUAUUUAUCCUUAUAGAAGCGCCCUCCCUAUUUGACGCGCCUCCACGAUUUUCAGAGCUAGAAUAGUAUUUACCAACCAUUUUCUUCAUUUAACAAACUUUAAAUCCAACAAACCACAACAGAGACGUUCAAUUUCACUGCUGAUUUUUUUUUUUUUUUUACCGGAAAUCGCGUUAGUAAACAUGGACAGUAUAAAAUACGGACAUUCACUCUGCUGCGGAUAUCAAUACGGGUGGAGACGUACCUUUUGUUUGCACCACUCUUGUACACGUUUACGGUGAACAUUAAAUGUUUUUGCAGCUAAGUGUUUGCCUUUCUGCUCUGCCAGUUCUACAACCUUUAACUUAAAACUAGCGGUGAAGGAUCGUUUCGAGGACGACAUUUUGUUUUGUGAGCUCAUAAACAUCGACGAUGACGUGAAUUGUGACGUCACUACAAAUAGUUUACUUACCAAUGUUAUCCUUAUAAGCGAGCUGGACAUUGUUUAAUUGACUUUUUGGACAUAUAACUGUAUUUUCAUGUGUUUCAAAAUAAAUGUUUUAAAUUCCGAUGAUUUUGUCAUGUUCGAUUUUUGUCAUUUAAGGGUCGAAAUUGACGCUCCCCCUUCAUGUUUUGCAUCGCGCCCGGGCGCGUUUAUUAGGAUAAAUACGGUAGACAUGUUCCAGUACAACUAUUUGAGUAUUGCUAAUUGCGUGUUCCAGUAUGUUAUCUAUAAAUAUUGAUGGUAUGUAAUCUGCAUUUGUGUAGUAAAGUUAAGAAAAUAAUAUUCACUGUUUGAAAGUUGAUUGUAUACAAAUUACCAGAGAAGUCUUUACUUUGUGUGAAUGUGGCGAGUUAUGAGUAUCACUCAUGAGAAAAUCAUGAGUGAUUGUGGUUUGGUUUUAUUUUUCAGAUAAUUGAAAAAAAAAAAACCCAAAUCAACAAUUUUCUCCCCCCAAAACCAACAUGUCCCAGUUCAUUUUAGUCACCUGUAUUCGCUCAGAAUGGCCCUAAAAAAGCACCAAUUUCCAAAAUUUUCUCGGGGGCCUUACAGCGCCCCCCGAACCCCCAGCUGGAUUGGACUCGCUAUGCACCCUGUGGGCGCACCGCUCGUAUGCAUGUGUCACUAUGCAUGUGUCGUAUGCAUGUGUCAUCAGGGCUUUAAAACGGUUCAAGGAACGAAAACGAAAACCGGGAACUUUUUUCUAUUUCACAUGGAACAGAAACGAAAACAGAAACUUUAUUAUUUUUUAUGUUCCGGAACAGAAACGCUUAUUGAAAAUAAUGGUAACCGGUUAAUACUGGUUUUUAUUUAGUUCCCCAAAGUUUCCGUAGCCUACAAAUAAAAGUCAUUCUUCUCCUGCGCAAGUUUCUAUGACCCGCUGGGGUUCACUUCCUGUGUGACGUUCGCUGACUGAAUGUAGAGAGCGGGAGGGUGGACUACUAUCACGUCUCCACAUCUUAAAUAAGAGGUAAAUAUUGCAGUCUAUCGUUAUUCAAAAACGUCAAUUUCAAACACGAUAUCAAUAUAUUUGUCCACGUUAAUGAGAGGCUCGCGAACAUUAAAUGACGUUAACCUCUGUUAGCCUAUCAAUGCAUAGGGCCCGACUAGCCUUUGGUAACGCACUAAACGAAUUCUCUUUCAUUUUUGGCACUUUUUCUGUUUGUGUAGAUGGGAAGACAUACUGAGAAUCCAAAUCGCCAACAUUUGAAAUAAUUGUUUUGAAUUAUUUCUUGUCUUAUUUAAUGAAGGUUGUAAUAGAAUUAGCCUACAUUUGGCUUAAGCUGGAUGAGACAGGGACAUCAUUUUAUAGCCAUUUGUUAAACAGCUGACAGGGAACGUAAUUAACCGUUCCGGGAACGAAAUUUUUUUUUGUUCUAACCGGUUCGGGAACAUCUAUUUAAUGGUGGAACCCAAAACCGGAAACUUUAAAAUUCCGUUUCUGUUUGGAACGAACCAAUAGGAAAAAAAUUCUGGUUCAAAGCCCUGGUCACUACACAUUGAUUUCACAAAAGGUUGGCAUCUCUGUUACUCGUUUCAGGGUUCAUUAUUUGUUGAAGUCAACAUUCAUAAUACGUGUCCUAUUCCUUCAAUUGCUUGCGUUCUGAUAUAAGCGAGAGUGGGGCUAUAUGUAAAUGAGCAGUAGUUCACAGUUGAUCGUUUAUCAUGUGUAGAUAUUGUACGGACCGUUUUCUCAGCAGUAUGGAUACGACCUGGGUUUGAGUCUGUGUACGAGAUGACGCUCUGAAUGAAUAAUAAAUGCUGUAGAUUUUGCAGAUAUGCUUCAUGUUGUAGAUAUGGGAUUGUAAGAGAGACUUCAAGGAACACAGGAAGCGUAGUUUUUGAAUAUUGUGCGUGCAUGGUUAACAUGAUGCAAAUGGAAUGAAACGGUAUGGUAGAGUGUAGCAGGGAAGUAAAAGUUUAAAUCCGUGUACUGGUCUCGAUGAAGAGACCAAAGUAGGACUUUAAAAUAAAACAAGGUGACGCUUCACGACCUUGAUAAAGAGAUUAUUAAUAAUUUUUUCUUGCUGUUGUGGU